CCAGGGUCAGGGCAGCAGAACAGCGACAGAAGGGAGACACUCUGGAGCUUAGUGUGUUCAUGGAGCGGUUCAGGGGAGAUUCAGGACAGCCCGGAUAUCCUGGAUUUGUUGGUCCUCAGGGUUACCCAGGUCGGUCGGGCUACAGAGGACUCCCAGGACCACAGGGCCCAUUAGGGUUUCCUGGCCUUCCUGGACCAAAGGGCACCAUGACCAAAGUGUUGAAGGGGGUCAAAGGAGAAGCGGGUGAGGCUGGACAGCAAGGUCCCCCAGGGAACUCCACCCAUCAGCAUACCAGCCCACUUACCGGACCCUACGGCAGAAAGGGUGACAAAGGGUUGAAAGGUGAAACUGGAGUUGAGGCUGACAACAAAGGAGAGACUGGGAUUAUGGGGAUGCCUGGGCAAAGGGGUGUCCCUGGUCGGGAURGAGAGCAAGGACUAAGGGGGGACCUUGGAGAACCAGGAUUUAGGGGCAGAGAUGGCCAAAAGGGUGCCAUCGGAGAACCUGGGGAGUUGAUCUAUUAUGAAGGUCCCUCAGGAGGACCURACAGAGUUGGCCCCCCUGGACAGCUGGGACCCCAGGGAGAGAUGGGUUUGCAGGGGGAGAAAGGUCUGCCAGGCCGGGCUGGACCUCCUGCUAGGAAGAGUGAUAGUCAAUUACAAGUGGAGUACCUGUGGGGUCCGUUCGGGGAAACGGGGGUAAAGGGAGAGACGGGCCCACCUGGAGAGCCAGGUAUCCCUGCUCUCAGCCCCGGACCCCCAGGUAUCGACGGCAUUUCUGGGUUGAGGGGCCCACCCGGACCACCAGGAUCAUGGGCGGACUUCUACAAGGGAUUUGCUGGGUCGAGAGGGCGGCCAGGCUCUGCAGGGAGAAAAGGACUGAAAGGUGAUCAUGGGUUGUGUGAGUGCAACAUUGUCCACUCUCCUCCGGGCCUGCCUGGCCCUGCUGGUAGCCAAGGCGACCCUGGAAUGAGUGGCGAGUUUGGUCAGCAGGGCGAGCCAGGCGAGCCAGGACCCCAAGGUGUCACCGGACUGCCUGGGUUCCCUGGUGCCACAGGACAAYCGGGUCCAAAGGGCAGGAAGGGCGAGUUCAUUUGGGCCAAAGAGAAAGGAUAUGCCGGGGACCCAGGAGAUCCGGGUGCGACUGGUGACCCAGGAUUGCAGGGCUUCCCUGGGCCAAGUGGGAUCAAUGGAUUCCCUGGGAACCGUGGUCUUUCAGGGGACGCACCUGAGGGACUCACUGGAGAAAAGGGUUAUCCUGGCCGGUCGGGUCUCCCUGGGUUGUUUGGACAGAUGGGAGAACCGGGACGAGUUCUAGGUGCCACUAAAGGGGUCAGAGGGUUACAAGGCGAUGAUGGGGAGCCGGGUUACGCUGGUGUCGAAGGUCGAGCUGGAGAUCCAGGAGUGUCUGGCUGUAGUCCGAGAGGAGAUGGACGACUGAAUGACAAAGGCGAUUGUGAUGCCGUACCCGGACCACCCGGUAUGCCAGGACCCCAAGGGUUAGUGGGUUUCCCAGGCAUCCCAGGUCAAAAUGGAUUCACAGGUCCACUUGGAGAUGACGGGGCCAAAGGAGAGAUAGGAGAGCAAGGCAUAGGAGGGUCUCCUGGACAGCCAGGUUUCACUGGCCCCCGUGGAGACUUGGGUCAGCCCGGCACCAAGGGUAAACCUGGAGAUCAAGGUCUGCCAGGCCAACAGGGUCGGGACGGGGAGUCCGGGGAAAAGGGACCACACGGGGAGAUCUGGGGAGCGUCGACCGGACAAACUGGAGAAGUGGGUCUUCCUGGAGAGCAGGGACCUAAAGGUUUUAGCGGAGAGCCUGGAAACGAGGGCUACCCAGGGAUGGGUGGCAUGCCUGGGAUGAUUGGGUUCAAGGGCGACGUGGGUCCUUCAGGUCUACAGGGGGAGCAAGGAAGACCGGGAGCUGCUGGGAAGUACGGCUGGAAAGGUGUACCCGGACAGGCUGGAGUCCAUGGACCAACAGGAAGCUUCGGACAACCAGGUUUGAGCGGAGGCAGGGGUGAUCAGGGGGACCCUGGCGCCCCGGGGCCAAUAGGACUAAAGGGGACACCAGGGGAGUUUGGAGGUCUGGGUGCUGAGGGAAACACCGGACACCUGGGUGACCCUGGAGAGCCAGGACCUACAGGACACUCUGGCCUGCCAGGGUUCAAAGGUAUCAAAGGUUCUCGUGGCAUGUCAGGGUUUGGAGGUAUGCCCGGUGAGUCGGGCCUGAAGGGCUUCUCUGGACAGAAGGGAGAGGAUGGCAUUCCUGGCGGAUUUGGACAGAAAGGAAUCAUGGGCGACUAUGGUUCAAAGGGUGAACGUGGUCUGAGUGGCCUGCCAGGCGAGAAGCCCCACAUCCCUCGUCAGAUCAUCARUGACAUGAAGGGGACCAAGGGAGAAGAUGGAACACCAGGACAAAUCGGAUUUACUGGACCCAGAGGUCCUAAAGGUUUUCCCGGAGUUCCGGGUAUGGAGGGCUACCAUGGCGUUCCCGGAGACCCCAGCGAUGAGAAGGGUUUCCCAGGCAACCCAGGGGCGCAGGGACUUCCAGGGCCAAAAGGAAUGCCAGGUCCGACUGGAUCAAAUGGAAUCAGCGGCUUUCCUGGGAUGUCUGGUCACAGGGGGGAGAAAGGUACCCCCGGUGCCUACGGAUCUUCAGGAGAUCCAGGAGGGAAGGGUGUCAAAGGUGAGGAGGGUCCCAUAAUCGACAUGCCCGGAUCCACAGGACUGAGGGGGGAGGAUGGUUUCCCAGGGGUUCCAGGUCAGAAGGGCUACAUUGGGAAUCUGGGAGACAGGGGCGGUGGUGGUUUCCAUGGUAUUGACGGCAUGAAAGGGGGGCCGGGAGAGCCUGGCACAGGAGGUCCUAUAGGAUCUGAUGGUCAAGGAGGGUUUCAAGGCAACCAGGGUACGAAGGGAUGGCCUGGGGUCCCCGGAGAAUCAGGCACAAAUGGACGACCAGGCUUCCCAGGACAGAGAGGUUUUCCUGGACUAAAGGGUAUAUUGGGACUGGAUGGACUGAAGGGUGAGAAGGGCAUCCCUGGACUUCCAGGUCAGGAUAACUUGGGAACCCCAGGUGUUCCUGGUGCUAAGGGAACGAGGGGUGAGACAGGUAUACCCAACUCAGAGGUCGGGACCCCAGGAUCGCUGGGUUUGAAGGGCGUUCAAGGACAACCAGGUGACCAGGGCCAGGUGGGACCCCCAGGGUUUCAGGGCCCCCAUGGACCACAGGGCACCUCAGACACACCUGGACCAUCAGGAGACCCUGGCUUCCCUGGAUCCAAAGGGCUGCCAGGUUUCCCUGGGCCCCGUGGAUAUCCUGGUGAGCCCUCUCCAUAUGGAGAGAAGGGUUUAGCUGGCCACUAUGGCUUCCCUGGAUUCUCUGGUCUGAAAGGAAAGCAGGGGGAUCAGGGACCAUCAGGCUACAAAGGACAGAGUGGAGUGUCUGGGAAGAAAGGUGUGAAGGGAGAGCAAGGGAUGAUGGGAAUUCCUGGUAGGUUUGGUUUCCAAGGAGACCGAGGUCCUUCCGGCCCAAAAGGAAGUACUGGACCCAUAGGUUAUCCGGGAGCCCCAGGUAACCAGGGCCCAGCCCCAGUCCCCCUCAGGAUGCCAGGAGAAAGGGGUGCUCCAGGGCCUCAGGGCAUCCGAGGACCAGAGGGGGUACGAGGGGAGACUGGUCCGAAAGGACCCCCUGGAGCUCCAGGCUACCUGGGCCCCCAGGGGCAGAAGGGGAUGCCAGGGGUGGGUGGCAGACCGGGUACCCCCGGGUACCGUGGGAAUGACGGAGGGAGGGGCCACCUUGGUCUUCAAGGCAUGGAAGGACACCGUGGUAACCCAGGUACUACAGGGUUGCCUGGCAUGCCUGGACGCAGUGUGAGUGUGGGAUAUCUGCUGGUGAAGCACAGCCAAUCAGAGCAGACCCCCAUGUGCCCCGUGGGCAUGUCCAAGCUGUGGGAUGGCUACAGUCUACUGUACUUCGAGGGCCAGGAAAAGGCCCACAACCAGGACCUAGGUCUGGCAGGCUCCUGCCUCCCUCGUUUCAACACCAUGCCCUUCCUGUACUGCAACCCCGGMGACGUCUGCUACUAUGCCAGCCGCAAUGACAAAUCCUAUUGGCUGUCCACCACCGCACCCCUUCCCAUGAUGCCUGUGGAAGAGGAUGAGAUCAAACCCUAYAUCAGCCGCUGCUCUGUGUGCGAGGCUCCGUCUGUCGCCGUCGCCGUGCACAGCCAGGACAUCACCAUCCCACAAUGCCCUGUGGGCUGGCGCAGCCUGUGGAUUGGCUACUCCUUCCUUAUGCACACAGCAGCAGGUGACGAGGGCGGUGGUCAGUCUUUGUCGUCCCCUGGUUCCUGUCUGGAGGACUUCCGCACCACUCCCUUCAUCGAGUGUAACGGGGCCAAGGGCACCUGCCAUUACUUCGCYAACAAACACAGCUUCUGGCUCACCUCCAUCGAACAGUCCUUCCAGGCAGAGCCUGCCUCCGAGACCCUGAAAGCAGGCCAACUCCUCUCACGCAUCAGCCGAUGUCAGGUCUGCAUGAAGAACCUGUGACCUGGCUCACACUUAGUCCCCUUUGACCCUGUGAUGUAAUUUCCUUUGACCGUACCGCCCCACCAAACACAAUUCAGGUAGACAUUACACUUAGGCACAGAUCUAGGAUCAGCUCACCCUCCCUAAAUCUUAACCUUAGCCAUAAAGGGGAGAACACAAAACAGACCUUAGAUCAGCAUCUUGUGAUGACUGAAGGACUGUGUGAACGCUUCAAGUGGAGAGCAAGUGUCCUGUGGUGAUAAUUGGAAAAGAAGCCCCGGCAUGAAGUCAACAGCGAUAUGAAAUAUACAUGUUAAUGUUAUUUUUUAAAUUGUUUGUUCUAUUUGAUAUGGUGCUCUAACUUAUUACCUCAGCUAUGUUGUAUACAGUGCAUUUAGAAAGUAUUCAGACCCCUUCACUUUUCCCACAUUGUUACAUUGCAGCCUUAUUCUAAAA